AUGAGUGUGGACACGGGCGGUAAACCGCCCCCUGAACCUGAUGGACCUCCCAAUACUACCCUUAGUAGUCCAGAUGUUGAAAUGGAAUCCCCUAGCAAUUUUAAAGGUUUUAGUAAGGCUGACUCAACCAAACUACAAGGUGUUAUACGGGAUGUCUCAACGGAAUUCUCCGAUGAAUAUCUUAAAAAUAAAAUUAAAAAAUUCGAAAUAUAUUCUAAUUUUGAGGUAGUAAACGUUUCUAGAAUAAAUAGAGAAACGGUUACCGAUGAUAAAAUAAAUUAUGUUCCUACUAAAUCGUGUGUAGUAAGCUUUAAAACACAAGUACUUCCAAAAUACGUUACUAUAAAUAAGGUGUUGAAAGAAAUUGAACCAUAUCAACAAAAAGUCCUGCUUUGUUUCAACUGUUUGCGAUUUGGCCACCAGGGGAAGCAUUGUAGGAGUAACCCCCGUUGUAACAAUUGCCAGAAAGACCAUAAUACAAAAGAGUGUCAGGAAACAACAUUAACCCCAAAAUGUUUUAGUUGUGUGGGAGACCACUUCACAACAAAUCUUAAGUCAUGUCCAGAAUUCAAAAGACAGAAAUUAAUUAAAGAAUGCAUGACUAAUAGUAAUAUUAAUUACCAUGAUGCCAACAAACAAAUUCCCCGCAAAUCUUAUGCAGACGUAACAUCAAAUAACAUUAUUAAAGAUUCUCAUCAACAAAAUUUGCCUUCUUCUAAUUCCCCUCUUGUUAACCAAAGUAUAAAUAGCUCUUCUGUUACUCGUCCAUUCACAUUUUCGGCCAAUAGUAAUCAUAAUAAAUAUACAGUCGUCAAAUCUUCUAAAGGUAGCAAAAGGCAGAGACCAAAUAGUCCUGUCUUAACACAGUCAGAUCCAGAAUACACAUUUUAA